UCAGGGCGCGGAGUGUUGCCAGACUGCCGGGUUCAGCCGCCACGUGAGUGCUCCGGCGGCCGCUGCCACACACCGGCGGGCAGCAUGUCGGCGACUGCGGUGGCUCGAAAGCGGGGGAAGCCGGCCUCGGGGGCCCGAGCCGGUGCGGGGGCCGGCAAGCGGCGGCGAAAGGCCGACUCCGCCCGGGACCGGGGCAAGUCGAAGGGUGGCGGCAAGAUGAACGAGGAGAUCUCCAGUGACUCCGAGAGCGAGAGGUGAGCCCUUCUUCCCACUUGAUGGAAGCGACCCCCGAGGCCCGCGCUUUGUGGAAGUCUCCCCUCGCUCCCAGGAGGACAGAGGAGGAGGAGCAGGAGGAGCUGGAGGAGACCGCGCAGGAGAAGAAGCUGCGCCUGGCCAAGGUCUACCUUGAGCAGCUCCGGCAGCAAGAGGACGAGAAGGCCGAGGCCCGCGAGUUUGAGGAGGACCAGGUGGCGGGGCGCCUGAAGGAGGACGUGCUCGAGCAGAGGGGCAGGCUGCAGAAGUCGGUGGCGAAGGAGAUCCAGGCCCCAGCCCCGGCCGACAUUCGAGUCUUACGGGGCCACCAGCUCUCCAUCACAUGCUUGGUCAUCACCCCCGACGACUUGGCCAUCUUCUCCGCCGCCAAAGACUGCACCAUCAUUAAGUGGAGCGUGGAGAGUGGACGGAAGCUUCACGUGAUCCCACGUGCCAAGAAGGGUGCAGAGGGCCAGUCCCCCGGCCACAGCAGCCACGUGCUCUGCAUGGCCAUCUCCUCCGACGGCAAGUACCUGGCCUCGGGCGACCGCAGCAAGCUCAUCCUCAUCUGGGAGGCCCCGAGCUGCAGGCACCUGUACACCUUCACGGGGCACCGGGACGCCGUGUCGGGGCUGGCGUUCCGCCGAGGCACCCACCAGCUCUACAGCACGUCCCACGACCGCUCGGUGAAGGUGUGGAACGUGGCGGAGAACUCCUACGUGGAGACGCUCUUCGGGCACCAGGACGCGGUGGCUGCGCUGGACGCUCUGAGCAGGGAGUGCUGCGUGACGGCGGGCGGCCGGGACGGCACCGUGCGCGUGUGGAAGAUCCCCGAGGAGUCCCAGCUCGUCUUCUACGGUCACCAGGGCUCCAUUGACAACAUUCAGCUCAUCAACGAGGAGCACAUGGUGUCGGGCGCCGACGACGGCUCCCUGGCCUUGUGGGGCCUCUCCAAGAAACGGCCGCUGGCCCUGCAGCGGGAGGCCCACGGGCUGCGGGGCGAGCCGGGCCUGGAGCAGCCCUUCUGGGUGUCGUCAGUGGCCGCCCUGCUCAACACAGACCUCGUGGCCACCGGCUCCCACAGCGCCUGCGUGCGGCUCUGGCGGUGCGGGGAGGGCUUCCGGCAGCUCGACCCUCUCUGCGACAUCCCCCUGCAGGAGAUGGACCAGCCUGAGAACACUGACGAACGCCCCGAAGAGGAGCCUCAGCCGCAGCGGGAGCCAACGGGCUCGCCCCCAGCACCGCGGGCCCUAGAGGUGAAGGCGGAGGCGAACAAUGCGAAUACAGUUGAGGCAAAGAAAGUGGAUAAUGCUAAUGAAGGACCCAAAAAAAUCUUACAACACAAAAGUAGGCCCCCCCCUCGCGACCCAGAAGUGGUGAAGAUCCAGGCCUGGUGGCGGGGCAUCCUGGUGCGCCGGUCGCUGCUGUUCGCGGCCCUCGGAGCCCUGACCAUCCAGCGCUGGUGGAAGCAGAUCCGCAUGCGGGCGCUGGAGGCGCGGCGGCGGGCGGUGCUGGAGGCCUUCACGCGGAAGGAGUGGGCUGCGGUCCGGCUGCAGGCCUGGGUCCGCAUGUGGCGCAUCCGCCUGCGCUACUGCCGCCUGCUCCACGCCGCCCGCAUCAUCCAGGGCCAUUGGCGGUGCCGCCCCUGCGGCUCCCGGGGCUUCAUUAAGGGCCACUACCGCGUCACGGCCAACCAGCUGCACCUGGAGCUGGAGAUCGUGCUGGGCUCGGAGCCCUGCAUCGUGUCGGAGUGUAUUCCCCUCCCAGUAAAGCAGUGACGCCCGUCCGCCUGUGUGUCGGGCCGGCUCCG